AUGUCGCCUAGAAAAGUGCAAUUACAAGAACCAAAUUUUGAUUAUCUAUAUGAAUAUUAUAAAAAAUAUAAUAAAAAUACUAGACAAGCAGUAGCCAUUAAUAAUAAUAAUAAUUAUAAUUAUAAUGAUAAAAAUAAUAAUCCAAAAUCACCAGCAACAAAACAAUCAGAAUCAGAAUCAUUGAUUGGAAAAUAUAUUGGAAAUUCUAAUUAUAUGGUUGUAAAAUAUCUUGGUGGUGGUUCAUUUGGUAAUCUUUAUUUGGGACAACAUAGAGAACAACGUUCAACGGUUGCCAUUAAAAUUGAAAAAGGUGAUUGUGAUAAGCCACAAUUGUUUCUGGAAUAUCGUUUCUAUAAAAAAUUAUCAAAUAUAAUUCGUGGUGUACCGAAAAUCUAUACAUUUGGCCCAAUCGAUGAUGGCCGUUGGAAUGCAUUAGUGAUGGAAUUAUUGGGUCCAAGUUUAGAGAAAAUGUUUGAAAAUUGUGGUGGCCGUUUUUCGUUACGUACAGUUAUACAAUUGACCAUACAGAUGAUACAUUUAUUUCGUAAUAUACAUGAAUCCGGUAUAUUAUAUCGUGAUACGAAACCGGCAAAUUUUUUACUUGGACAACCAAAUUCAGGAAAAUGGUGGCUAGUACAUGUUGUUGAUCUUGGUUUCUGCAAAGAAUGGCGUCGUGAAGAUGGAUCACAUAUUAUUUAUCAAGAGAAUAAACCAUUUACCGGUACUGUACGUUAUAUGAGUAUUAAUAAUAAUUUUGGCCGUGAACAAUCACGUCGUGAUGAUCUUGAAGCAUUGGUUUAUAUGUUAAUAUAUUUUUAUAAAGGACGAUUACCAUGGCAAGGUAUUGUUGCAAAUUCAAUUAUUGAACGUUAUCGUUUAAUUGCACAAUGUAAAAUGAAUACACCAAUAACAACAUUAUGUUCGGAUAUGCCAGAAGAAUUUACAUUAUUAUUACAAUCAAUACGUUCAUUACAUUUUGAAGAAAGACCAAGUUAUAGUGGAUUAUUGACACCAUUUUUCCAAUUAUUAGCACGUGAUUUUGCAUUAGAAAUGAAUGAUCGUGUUUAUGAUUGGACAAUGUCACAGGAAAUUAAAUCACCAAUUUUACGUUUUAUGCAACAAAAACAACAACAACAACAACAACAGCAGCAACAACAACAACAACAACAACGACAACAAUCACCAUAUGAUAAUAUAGAACAAUCAGUAUCAUAUUCGACAACAAAAACAACAACAGCAACAACAAUGAAAAAUAUACGU